CAUUAUACAUAGAUACCGGUAUAGGCGUAUAUAUCUAGAUUUAUAUCAUAUUAUUUAAUACAAAAGUGAACUGUCUAGAUCUAGUAACAUUUCAAUCCUAGAUCUAUAAUUGGUAUAUACUGAGUAAAAAAGGUCACCAAAUAGCUCGUCUAGAUCUAUAUCAACGUUUAAAAUGUUGCUUCUCUUAAAAUGUUUGCCCAAGACCAAAAGUGAUAUUUUUGCAUUCUGUUUUUUGUUGGGAGCUAUCCACAGCAUCGGUUUCUUUGAACUGUUAGUUGUUUUACCCUCCAUCUACUCCACCCCUGCACAUCAUGGCGAUGGUAAAAACUUUACAUUCUACUAUUUCCAUGUCUUCAUUGGAAUUUACCUCUACUGCAAUGUGAUGCACAAUUUAUACAAAGUAAUGACCACCCCUACAAACAUCAGCUCAAGCGGUAAAAUACUGCCUUCAGUUUUGAAACCAGGGUGGCAUUUUUGCUCAGUCUGCGAGUGCAAUGCCCCACCAAGAUCAUUUCACUGCUUUAUUUGUAAAAGCUGCAUUCUCAAGCGUGAUCACCACUGUACAUUUACAGGGAAUUGUAUUGGAUUGUACAAUCAUCGUUACUAUAUUGGCUUAGUUUUUCAUAUGUUCCUCGCGGCAGCAUACUCUUGUUUUCUCAAUUGGGACUUUAUGUACCAUCUGUUGGGUAGUAUGUCUCUGAAGUCUAUCAUCGUGAUACUACUUCCGAUGGUUUCGUGGAUAUUUUUUCAGUCUGACUCUAUGACUACAUUCCAGACAUUGAUGACAUCACUUUGCGUUGUGGGACUUUGCCUCUGUGGAGGUUUAGUAGUUUAUCAUCUGAUCAAUGCUAUCAACGGUCAAAUAGUUCAUGAAAGAGUUUAUAAGGUUAGGACCUAUGAUUUGGGGUGGAAAGAAAACUUGGCACUUUUGCUUGGUACUAACUGGAAAGUGGCUUGGUUGUGUCCUAUGAUUAAGUCACCUAUACCAUGUGAUGGACUGGACUUUGUUACAAGAGAUCAGUACGAAUCACUCAAAUCUAUGUAAACUAACUAAUACUAACUUUAAUGUAUUGUAAAUUGCUUCUGUAUUGAUAAUUGAUAAUAUUCUUUUGUUGAAUUUUUUUGUGAUUUUUAAAUAUAAAUACCUUUAAGUAAAUAAAUAAUUAUUUUUUUUAAAGUUAGUAGUACAAUAACUUUAUUGUUUUGGCAUAAUAUUCCUUCAGUUUGAUUUUUACAAAGUUUUUAUGUUUUGUAAUUGUUUUUUUAAAGUUACAUUAAAUUUUAUUUAUAAAUCUAAUUAUUGUAACUGUAUACAUGUAUUAAUAUACAUGUAUUAAAUAACCACAUGACCAGGAAGCCAUCAUUAAAUUAUGAAAUCGGUAUAUUCACAUAAAUGUCAGUGCAGUAUAACCCUUAAUUAACAUUAAUACUCAUGAGUAGGCCAUACAUAAGACAAAUCACUAGUAUUUACUGGCAAAGAAUGAAAUCCAGUAGUCUUAUAAUUAUAGCUGUUAAGAGAAGUUAAAUUAACCAUUUAAUUUUAUUAUUAUUUUAAUAGAUAUUUCUAUUUAAGAGUUAUUGCUUACAUGGAUUCUUUUAGAUAUUGAAAACAAUUUUACUUCAAAUGUCAAUUGUUUUAUAGCGAUUCUAUUGGUUAAAGCUUAAAGAAAAUUUAUUAAAUUAUAUAGGCCUUAAUUGUUUGUUUGUUUGUUGUUUUAACAUAAAAAGAUGUUUUUCAAUAUUUUUUUUUAAUUAUCACAAAUUUUUUUUUAGAUUUAAAAAAAAUAAUAAUAGUAAUUUGAUAUAGUUAUUGUAUUAAUAUUCCUACAGGGCAUUUUUAAGAAAUUAAAGAAUUUGAAUAAUAAAAGUUACUUAUUGAUGAUUUUAUCAUAAAUAAAUAAAUAUUAAGGAACACAUUUGAUUGAUGAUGUUACUAAUAUUUUUUUUAGAGAAAAGAAAUGAUUUUUAGAAGAAAAUAAAAUAAAUAAAAAUGUUUUAAAUUAGACAUUUAAAAAAUAAAGUAACAACAAUAUAAACAAAUAAUAAUUAAAAAGAAUAACAUUAAAAAAUUAACUCCAAAUACAAAAACAUAAAUGUAUGAAAAUACUUGGAAAGAAACAAAGAUAAAAGAAAUUGGCUUAUUAUUUUUGCUUGGACUAAUUUAUCUAAGAUUUCUUCCUAAGUGUUAUUAGAACAAGAAACAGCAGAGGAUCAAAUGGUAUGUCCUAUGUGGCAACUAAUGAAUUAAAUCUCUUAUUAAUAAAAAAAAAUUACCACAUUGAAUGAAUUGAGGCAUAUUGUAAUGAUUUUUUACUUUUAAAUAAUGUCUGAAAAAAAAAAAAAAAAAGUGAAGCAAAUAUCUCAUACCUUUGGAAACUACAAAGGAUAAUAAGUUGUUUUUUUCUUCUUUACAUGUGAAUAAUUCUAACUGUAGCAGGGACCUCCUUGCAUUGUAGUGGCCACAUAAGACAAUCAUAAUUGUUGGUCCAAGCUUAACACUGCCUAUGGCUAGGAUGAUGAACCAUUACAAUUAGGCAUAUUGUGCUAAUAUGUUUAUAUUAUGUCAUUGUUUGUUGUGAAUGUUUUGUGAGAAAGUAAUUAACUGGAAGUGAGGCAAUAAGAAAAGAGAGUCUUCUAUGUCUACUUGUAUAAACACAAAGUCUCUGUUAUUAUUAUUGUUAUUAUUGAUUAAUGUCUACAGUAUGUUAUAUAUUUAUCUGUGACAACAGAACACAUAUAUAUAUCCUUUUAAAAUCAAAAUAUAGUUUGGAAAUUUUAGAAAGUUAUUCAACUUACUUGUUUUGAGUUCAGCCAUAAGACACAGACUUCAAAGCCUCUUUUCAGAUAUGCAUAUUUUGUAAACGAAAGAAAAAAAAAGUACUUUUAAUUUGUAGUUAAUAUUUUUUUUUUUAAAUCAGGAAAAAAACUGUAAAAAAAAUAAUAAUUUAGUAUUGUAUAUGAAAUUUACACAAGAAUAUUUCAUGGAAGAAAGUAAAAAUUGGUAAACUGUAUAAAUAUAUAUAUGUAAAAUGUUGUUAUUUUCAAACAGUAUCUUUCAAAUGACAGAAAGUAAUGUAGGUAAUAUGGAUUAUUGGUUUAGUUGAUCAUUUUGAGAAAGGUGAUUGUUUGGUACAUAUUAGCAUAAUGGUCAUAACUCUUCAUGGUUAUUAUUUCUGUUGACAAAAUGUGAUAUGAAGAGCAGUUGAUUAUAUAUUUAAUCUUGCUGAUAUUGCUCAACAAAAUGUGUUAAGUCCAUAGUAAUUGAAUACAAUACCAAGCAUUGUUGAACUACUGUUGUCCUUGCAUAUAUUAAUUUUAUGUUUUCCAAAAAUGUUUUUUUUUUUUUACAAAUUUUAUAAAUACUGGUAUAUAUUAUUUGUUUAAUAAGUUCUAAACAUUUUUUUUUAGGUACGGUUUGUUAUAUAUUAAUUUGAAAUACAAAUUUUUACUGUU